CUGUGCCGCAUUUCAAUAUUCCCCAGGUUUGUGCAAAAGACAUGACAUCUUGGCCUACGACAUGUAAAUGAAGCUGUACAGAAACCUGACCAGACACAAUUUCCUGACCCCAAUCGAGAUUCACAAGUACUCUGUACCUUCAUCCCCAAUGGACGGAUAGCCGUUCCGUACAACUAAGGUUAUCUUAGCACGAGCUGACCUCUCACCUCGGUUGCUCCCCCAAACAACGACAUUUUCACAUGUCGAUAGUCGUAAACUCUUUAGCCAUCUAUGCGAUAAUUCGUUAUUCGUAUCAAGAGGCCGCCAGCCAUGACUUCAACGAUCUCGAUACCUUCGAGAGGCGAUUUAUCUUGCCUGAGCUCUCUCUAUCACUGCUAUCAAAAGCUCCACAAACAACCGGGGUCGGGCUUGACCAGAUUUAUCUCCCUUGCCCGCUGUCUGAGCUUUUCUCCCGCCUUUUGUAACCAAUCGACUCGUAUCCAAUUCACAUCGUCAACAAAAUCAGAGACAGCCACGAUCGGGGACCUUGUCUCUUGGCCUGAGCCGCUAAGCGUGCCCCCCCCUUCGAACGUGGUCGACGUCGACGUCGUCCCUCCCGGUUCCCCCCGUUCACCCAAAAGGGAUCGAUUCACAUGUCGAUGAUCUCCAGCCCUAAGCCAGCUUGGAGCCACUUUGGCCCGCAUAAGCUUGCAGCCGAUUCGAGAGGGGCGAACAAUUCGAGUGUGAAAGGGCCCGGUGAAUCGUGAGGCUCGUCUAGGUCACACGCUUUUAUUUGGACACCGUCAGUCGCCAAUGAAGGCCUAAAUGCGUGAUAAGACACUGCCAACCCUCAAAUGGAUGACGGGUUUUGUGUAUCAGAUACACAGAUCUAAGCCACCCUUUGUGUAUCAGUCGGACAUGUCCCGUUAGCGGAGGCAGAUCCAUUCUUCAGGCGGUGUGAAGAUCUAGACUAAGAGGCUGAAGAGGCAGCGGCAAUGAUAGGCAGGUAUUGAGCACUGUAGCUAGCAUCUUGCAUAUCCAUCGAUGGCAAAAUCUCAAGGCUUUUUUGGAGGCGACAGCUUUUGUUGUCCAGAGUCAUGCCACUGCGGUUAUCCAAGCCCACAGCUCCGCCGGCCGAAGUUGGGGAGCGGGGCCGGGUCUCGGCAGCUUACUGUGUAUUUCACGGAUAGAUAUCGGCGAGUAGAAUCAACGACAGCAGAAGAAAAGAACAUUGCGGGCUCUAUUGGGAACGGCAAUUUAUCCGAUAGUCCUCC